AUGUCAGCACUGGCUGACAAGAGUCCACAAGCCGCCGAGAGCUUCAACGAUGGUGGAACUCCGACAGUGACACCAGACACAGAAGCUCGAGAACGCCAGAAGGCCAUUGCUUUCAAAGUCUCCCAUGUUCUUCUUACUGUCUUCUUUCUAUGGCUGACGAUUGUCCAUAUCAUCGGCAUUCUCUUCUUUGCGAAAGGCUUCCUACUUACAAGACUUGUCCUUGACAACAAGUCUGAAUGCGCUGUACUCCCAGGUGGACAGCAAUCUAGAGAGGCAAACGGAUGCUGGCAUCCAAAGUCCUUUGACCGGGCUGUAGUCAUAAUUAUUGACGCGUUACGAUACGAUUUUACCAUUCCUUCCAGCGCCAGCCAGGCCAGCGAACAUCCUCAAAGUUAUUACCUUGAUAACCUACCCACACUCUAUGAUACUGCUGUGGCACAUCCAGAGCAUGCAUUCCUACUGCCCUUCAUUGCCGAUCCUCCGACGAGUACCCUCCAGCGAUUGAAAGGCCUGACCACCGGAACACUGCCGGUCUUUAUAGACAUUGGUUCAAAUUUUGCAGGCACUGCCAUCGAGGAGGAUAAUAUCUUGUCUCAGUUGAAAGAUGCAGGGAAAACAAUAGUCCAACUAGGCGACGAUACAUGGCAUUCAUUAUUUCCCGGAUAUUUCGACCCAAAUAUGACGAAACCCUACGAUUCUUUUAAUGUAUGGGACUUACAUACCGUCGACAAUGGUGUUGUUGAACAUAUUAUGCCACUGUUGGAGCAAUAUCCUGCCAGAUGGGAUGUUGUCUUCGGUCAUUUCUUGGGCGUCGACCACGCUGGCCAUCGUUAUGGACCCGAACACCCUGCAAUGGCUGAGAAACUUCGGCAAAUGGAUGGCGUCAUCGAGCAGAUUAUGCAGAAACUUGACGAUGACACGCUCCUUGUCAUCAUGGGCGAUCACGGCAUGGAUGCCAAGGGCGACCACGGCGGCGAAUCCGAUGAUGAGGUCGAAGCUGCUUUAUGGAUGUAUUCGAAGAAGCCGCGAUUUGGAAGAACUGGGCCCGACUCUCUAACACCACCGUUGAAUGCCAAAGAUCGACCCAUCGGACAGAUAGACCUCGUUUCAACACUCUCACUUCUACUAGGCCUGCCGGUGCCGUUCAACAAUCUGGGCAGACCCAUCGCCGAAGCAUUUGCCGGACCAGGUAAGACGAAAUGGAAAAAUCUUGCAGACGUUGCACAGUUGGUUCAAGCCCAGAUUGCGCGGUACCAGAAUCAUUAUUCGCAGUCUCGAGACCUUGGUCUCACUGAAGAUGUCUACCAGAGCCAAGGCGCGCACAUGGCGCGAUCAGUGGAUGCCAUGCGGAGCGGCCACUGGGAAGAUGCUUACCACGCGUCUGUCGACUGGCACGAAGAAGUUGUCUCCAUGUAUCGAAGACUGUGGGCAAACUUUAAUCUUGCUGACAUGUUCUACGGUGUUUGCAUCUCGGCUGCUGCUCUUACAUUCUUGUUCUUCUUUGCUCGCUCCUCAAAGGGAGACAAGGCGCUCGUAGCCACCGGUCUGCUCCGGAGUGCUGGCUUGGGAAGCACUGCUGGCCUCGCAUUCGGCCCAGUUCUGGGGGUCCUUUUUCCCAAGUAUUUUACCGCAGUUGCCGGUCUUGUCUUCGGAGCGACAUGUGGUGGUAUUCUCGGUGCAAGUCUGUGGUCUUAUCAAAACAAUGUGGCUGGGCGCUUUCGUCUUCCUUCAACGUGGGGUUGGAUGACAUUUGUGUUUUUGAUCACCCAGUCUGCCGGAUUUGCGUCGAAUUCGUAUACCAUUCAUGAGGAUACGAUCCUCCUUUUCUUCUUGACUACCUUUGGCUUGAUGUCGUUGAUGUCUUCUUUAAGACAGGCGUACCAGAAAGAUCGGAUCUUGGGCGUGUAUCAGUCAGUCAUGUUCAUACUCCUUACAAGGUUGUCGUCCUUUUCUCGUCUAUGUCGAGAAGAACAGAUGCCAGGGUGCCGGUCGACGUUCUACGCUUCCUCAACAUCAUCUACAUCUGCACCUUGGCAAUUGUUAGUACCUUAUGUGGUGGCGCUGAUCUUACCGGAAAUUACCAAGGCUUUCUAUCGAGGCACAGCUUCAUACGCCGGGUCCGCUGGAUUCUGGAUUGGAUUCUGCUUCCGGAUGGGGUUGUUGCUUGUGGCCGUAUACUGGACCCUUGACGCUGCGGACAACGGCGAGUGGUGGAGAGAUCGAAUAUCCUCCUCGACGCUUCAAACCAUCAAGAUCACACUGGCUCGAUGUGUGCUUGCCAUUGCCCUCCCUGUCGGUGUCGGUACAUUCGUUUGGGCCAAGCCAUGCAUCGAUAUCUCGAUCGCUGACCCGAAGUCGAGUGUCGAUAGAACAGAAACCGCAUCUCGCCCCCAGCUCACGGUCUUUGGCUAUGCCAAUGCGUAUGGCAGUCGAUUCUACCUGAUGAUUCCCAUGCUCGUGUUGACUGUGGGUCUGUUGCUGCCACCCAUGGGCCAAUUCUCUAUCGCCAUAUGUGCUUGGCAAAUACUCUGUCUCCUGGAAAUAUUGGACACCAACGCACUCAGUGUGACAUGGGACUCUCCCUCCAGCGUUGGGCCCAUUGUCCUGGCUAUGCUGGGUUCUUACCACUUCUUCAAGACUGGCCACCAAGCGACUCUUGCCUCGAUCCAGUGGAAUUCGGCAUUUGUCCCGCUCCGGACCAUCCGAUAUCCAUGGUCGCCACUCCUUGUGAUCCUGAAUACCUUUGGAGCACAAAUCAUGUGUGCAGCAGCAGUCCCAUUAACGGUGCUUUGGAAACGGCCUCUGGGUAAAUUCGGGCUGCGGGGCUUGUGGCACGACGUGGUUAAUGCUUGUUUUACACAUGCGCUGUAUUACGCUACUAUUCAGUUGGCCACCACGAUGUGGGCUGGACAUCUCCGAAGACAUCUGAUGCUGUACAGGGUGUUUAUGCCGAGAUAUUUGAUGGCCAGCGGUGUACUUUUGAUUGUGGAUGUUGUUCUCGUCGUGGCCGCCCUCGGUGGUGCUCGCGUGGUUGGCUUGAGCGUAGGUGAAGUUUUUGGCUAUUGA